AUGGAUCUCUGGUCUGUACAAGUGAAGAGCAAUAGUUUUCUGCUUAGGAAUUCGAUUCUUGAGAGACCCAUUUCACGGAACUUGAGCAAUUCAGCGAUGGCUUUUGAGAUCAGGAAAUCAUUUUCAGAUUCUUGUAAAUAUCGAUCAGUUCUGGUGAAUGCUAUGGGGAAAAAGAAUAAUGGGAACUCCAAUUCUUCUUCUUCUGGGAAUGGUGAUAAAUCCAAAGCAGGAGGAGAUAAUCUAAAAGGAAGCAAUCCAGAAAGUAAUGCAUCUAACGACUCCAACUCCCAGAAGUCCAAUCGAAAACCGUUGGACUGGAGAGAGUUCAGGGCAUCUCUUUACAUUCAGGAGCAGGCUGAAACUAUGGUCUCUGAUGCACUCGAGCAAGACAAGGCAGCUCCGAGGUCGAAAGCUCUUCCCCUCAAGUGGGCCCACCCAAUUUCAGCUCCCGAGAAUGGUUGUCUCCUCGUUGCAACAGAAAAGCUCGAUGGUGUUCGCACUUUUGAGAGAACCGUUGUUCUCCUCCUCAGAUCUGGAAUGCAGAACCCACUAGAGGGACCAUUUGGGGUUGUCAUAAAUCGAUCACUUCACAAAAGGAUGAAACAUAUGAAUCCUACAAAUAUCAAUCUGGCUACAACAUUUGCUGAUUGUUCCUUGCAUUUCGGUGGACCCCUAGAGUCGAGUAUGUUUUUGUUAAAAGCAUUUGAAGUUACAGGACUUAACGGUUUCGAAGAGGUGAUCCCCGGCGUGUGUUUUGGCUCUCGAAACAAAUUGGAUGCUGCUUCGGCAUUGGUGAAGAAGGGCAUACUCGGGCCCCAUGAUUUCAGGUUCUUUGUCGGAUAUGCCGGAUGGCAGUUGGAUCAAUUGAGUGACGAGAUUGAAUCAGGCUAUUGGCAUGUUGCCGCAUGUAGUGCAAACUUGGUUUUUGAAGUUUCAGAAAAUUCUUCCCCAGACAGUUUGUGGGAAGAGAUUCUUCAGCUAAUGGGUGGUCAGUACUCGGAGUUGAGCCGCAAACCUAAGCAGGAUCUCUAG